AUGUCGACCAUCCGCCGCAUCUUUCCCUUCAGCCGGGGCAACAGUGAUGGCGACAAGAGCAUGAAGGAGCUGCUUGGUGGCAAGGGAGCUAAUCUGUGUGAGAUGGCACGAUGUGGCCUCAACGUUCCUCCUGGGUUCACUAUUACGACCGAGGUUUGCCAGGAGUUCUACCCCGAGAAGCUGCCCGAGGAGCUUCUGGCCGAGGUUCGGAAUGCGGUCGCUGGCGUUGAGGCCGAGAUGGGCCUAAAGUUCGGAGACCCCGCUUCGCCGCUGCUCUUCUCCGUUCGCUCUGGCGCUGCGGUGUCCAUGCCGGGCAUGAUGGACACCGUGCUCAAUUUGGGUCUCAACGAUGAGGUUGUGGUUGGCUUCGCCGCCAAAUACGGCGACCGCUUUGCCUUCGAUUGCUACAGGCGUCUGCUGCAGAUGUUCGGUGAUGUCGUACUGGGUAUCCCCCAUGAGGACUUUGAAGCCAAGUUGACGGCACUCAAGGCCGCUCGCGGCAUUCAGUACGACGUGCAGUUGGAUGCCAACGAUCUCCGAAGCCUGGUUGCCCAGUACAAGGAGGUGUACGAGGCCAACGGCAAAGAGCUGCCCCAGGACCCCUGGGAACAGAUGUUCAUGGGCAUCAAUGCCGUAUUUAAGUCCUGGAACAUUCCUCGCGCCAUCAAGUACCGGGAGAUUAACAAGAUCACCGGGCUGAGGGGCACCGCCGUCAAUGUGCAGACCAUGGUGUACGGCAACAUGGGCGACACCAGCGGCACGGGUGUGUGUUUCACUCGCAACCCCGCCAACGGCGACCGGGAGCUCUUUGGCGAGUUCCUUAUCAACGCGCAGGGCGAGGAUGUGGUCGCCGGCAUCCGUACGCCCAUGCCCAUCAAGCUCAUGGCCGAUAUCAUGCCGGGGAUUUACGCUGAGCUGGCCGCGAAUACGACGAUGCUAGAGAAGCACAUGAAGGACAUGCAGGAUGUCGAGUUUACUGUGCAGGAAGGCAGACUGUUCAUGCUGCAGUGCCGCAACGGCAAGCGUACGGGUACGGCAGCGCUCCGGAUUGCUCUGGAUCUCGAGGCGGAAGGUCUCAUAAACAAGGAUGAAGCAGUGCUGAUGGUGGAGCCGCGCCACUUGGAUCAGUUGCUGCACCCGCAGUUCGAGGAUGAGAAGAAGUACGUCAAGGACGUCAUUACACGCGGCUUGGCGGCAUCGCCAGGCGCUGCGGUGGGCCGCCUGGUCUUCUCCGCGGAGGACGCUGAGGAGUGGAAGGCGCGUGGUGAGCGCGUCAUCUUGUGCAGACAUGAGACCUCCCCCGAGGAUGUGGGCGGUAUGCACGCGUCCGAGGGCAUUUUGACCUGCCGUGGAGGCAUGACGAGUCACGCCGCGGUGGUGGCGCGCGGCUGGGGCAAGCCCUGCGUUUGCGGUUGCGAGGCCCUGCACAUAGACCUGAAGUCCAAGGUUAACGGCAAGGAGAUUGUGCUGAACGAGGGCGACUGGCUGUCCCUCAACGGCACCACGGGAGAGGUCAUCAACGGCCAGCAGGCGCUCAAGAAGGCCGAGGUCACCGGGGGAGACCUGGGCAAGCUCAUGGCGUGGGUGGAUAAGGCCCGUCGCCUGCGGGUGCUCACAAAUGCCGAUACUCCCGAGGAUGCCUUGGUCGCCCGGACGAACGGUGCCCAAGGCAUCGGGUUGUGCCGUACUGAGCACAUGUUCUUCUCGACGCACGAGCGCAUUGCUGCGGUUCGGCGCAUGAUUGCCGAGGAGGAGCUUGACAGCGACCACAAGCUCGAGGCUCUCGAGGACCUCAAGAACUUCCAGCGCCGGGACUUCGAGGGCAUCUUCACGGCCAUGGACGGCAUGCCCGUUACCAUUCGCCUCCUGGACCCGCCGCUUCACGAGUUCCUGCCGCAGGAGGGCUCUGCCAUGGACGCCUUGUGCGCUCAGCUCGCUAGUGAGCUCCACACCACUGUGGAGCGCGUCGAGGCGCGGCUGAACGGUCUGCGUGAGGUGAACCCCAUGAUGGGCCUUCGCGGCUGCCGUCUGGGCAUUGUGCAUCCGGAGAUAACGGAGAUGCAGGCGAUGGCCAUCUUCGAGGCUGCUACAGCGGUGGUCAAGGCGGGCGGACACGUGCACCCACAUAUCAUGGUGCCGCUGGUCGCCACCACAGAUGAGAUGGACCACCAGGUCGCAAUCAUUCACGCGGCGGCUGCCAAGGUGGCGGACGCGUCGGGCACCAAGGUCCCCUACAAGGUCGGAACCAUGAUCGAGGUGCCUCGGGCCGCUUUGCAGGCUGGUCUUCUGGCGCAGCGCGCCGACUUCUUCUCAUUCGGCACAAAUGACCUCACCCAGAUGACGUUCGGAAUCAGCCGUGACGACGCACAGGCCAAGUUCCUGUCUCAUUACACUCGUCAGGGAAUUCUGCAGACCGACCCCUUCGACACCCUGGAUGUCAUCGGUGUGGGUGAGAUGGUCAAGAUCGCCGUGGAGCGCGGUCGCGCCACCAAGCCCAACCUGGAGCUUGGCAUCUGUGGCGAGCACGGCGGCGACCCGAGUUCCAUUGCCUUUUUCAACAAGGUUGGUUUGGACUACGUAUCCUGCUCGCCGCUGCGUGUCCCAAUCGCUCGGCUGGCGGCAGCCCAGGCCGCCAUCAAGGCGGCCAAGGCAGCUGCCAAGUGA